AUGUCUUUCUCCACCCAGGCCGCAGCCCGCUGCGCCAGACAGCUCUCCGGCACCGUCCGCCCGUCCUCCCUGCGCAUCGCGACCUCCGCUACAUACCUCACAGCCCGUCGCACACCCAGCAGCCGGCGAUGCGAAUCCACCCAGGCAGCCCCUGCUGCUGCUACCAACCCCAAGAUCUCCCAGAUUGUCGACCAGAUCAGCACAUUGACGCUGCUCGAGACUGCCGACCUGGUGUCUAGCUUGAAGACCCGCCUGAAUAUCCCCGACCUUCCCGUUGGCGGCUUCGCCAUGGCCGCCGGUGGUGCCCCCGGUGCGGCUGCUGCCGUUGAGGAGGAGGAGGCUGCUCCCGCUGCGGCCGAGAAGACACUCUUCAACCUGAAGCUCGACUCUUUCGAGCCUACCUCCAAGCCCAAGGUCAUCAAGGAGAUCAAGACCAUGCUCGGCCUGUCGCUGGUGGACAGCAAGAAGUUUGUCGAGUCCGCACCCAAGGUUCUAAAGGAGUCUGUGCCCAAGGAGGAGGCGGAGAAGCUCAUCGAGACCUUCAAGGCGCUCGGUGCCAAGGUGACUAUGGAGUAA